GCCUGGGAGCACUCCGUGGGGCUCAUCUGCUUUCCCAGCCUCCACAGGCUGGCCGGCGAAGUGUCCAGCCAGCUGGCCCAGGAGAUCCAGCAGGUGUUGGUGGGAAAGCCUGCGGAGCAAGCGCGGGCGGCCGCGGGGCAGCUGCUGCGGUGGAAGCGGGAUGCGCAGCAGGACGGCUACCUGCUCCUGAAGUCGGCCUUCCUGCUCUCGGGGACGGACACGGAGGCGCUGGGCAGCGUUGCCGAGUCGGGGCUCCCAGCCCUGCUCCUGCAGUGUCUGUACCUCUUCUUCGUCUUUCCUCUGGAGGAGGACGAGCAUUCAGAGGACGAUGUUCAAGUUCAGAGGAUGUUUGUGCAGAUGUUGCUCAACAUCUGCAGCGAGCCUCAGGGGCUGGAGGGCCUCCUCGCAGGGAAUGAGCUCCAGGCAUUGCUGAUUGCCACCACCUGCCUCCGGGAGCACAGCUGCUGCUUUUGGAAGGAGCCCACCUUCUGCGUGCUGAGGGCCAUCUCCCAGGCCCAGGACCUCAGCGUCAUCCAGUACCUGCAGGCCAGGGACUGCAUCAAGCUCUGCCUCCAGAACCUCUCCCGGCUGGCGGACUCACUCCCCGCCCCCGAGCUGAGCGAGGCUGCAGGCCUGGUCCUGGGCUUCGUGAAGGACGCCUACCCCGUCUCCCAGGCUCUGCUCCUGGAGUUUGAGAAUGGGGAGGGCUACCCUCUGCUGCUCAAAGUGUUCCUCCGGUAUGAUGGGCUGCACCUGCGCGAAGUGGAUCCCCACCUGGAGGAGCUCCUGGGGCUGGUGGUGUGGCUGACAACCUGCGGGCGGGCGGAGCUGAAGGUGUUUGACAGCGUCACCUACCCUCAGCUGGAAGGCUUCAAGUUCCACCAGGAGGCCUCCGGGGUGACCGUUAAGAACCUCCAGGCCUUCCAGGUCCUGCAGAAUGUUUUCCACAAAGCCAGCGACGCCCUCCUCUGCACGCACGUGCUCUCGGCCAUCAGGACCAUGUGGGCCUGGAACGCCCGCAACUUCUUCCUGCUGGAGUGGACCCUGCAGCCCAUCUCGCAGUUCGUGGAGCUCGUGCCCCUGAAGCCGGCCCAGGUGCAGACGCAUUUCUUCCAGCUGCUGGAGGCCCUGGUGUUUGAGCUGCGUUACGUGCCCCACGAGAUCCUGGGGAAGGUGCAGCGCCUGAUCAUGGAGAGCUCCGAGCCGCUCUGCACCCUCAGGGCCCUGCAGAGUGUCCUCAGGAUCGCUGGCGCGGACCCACUCUUCACAGACAUUUUCCGGGACUCGGGGCUCCUGGGCCUGCUGCUCGCCCAGCUGCGGAAGCGGGCCAAGGUCCUGAGGAAGUCAGGAAACAAGGAGCCCAGCCCCGGUGUCCGGGACCCAGAGCGGGAACUGACGGGUGUGAUGCUGGAGACCGUAGUCGCGCUGCUGAACGGCUCCGUCCGGAACGCCGUUGUCCUGAAAGACCACGGCAUGGUGCCCUUCAUCAAGAUCUUCCUGGACGAUGAGUGGUACCGGGGAGCCUCCCUCAGCAUCCUGGAGCAGCUCUCAGCCAUCAACGCCGAGGAGUACAUGAGCAUCAUCGUGGGCGCGCUGUGCUCGUCCACGCAGGGGGAGCUGCAGCUGAAACUGGAUCUCCUAAAGGUGACGUCCUCUGUGCUGGGCUUCCCACGGACAGGUGACAGGAAACAAGAGGGUGAGCUAGUUCCAGGGCCAAACACCAUUGAAGAUGAUUUAUAUGAAACCAAAAUGGAAAGGGCGGAUGAAGGUGAUGCCGUGAUCACGCACCCCGGGGCCCUGUGCAUCAUGGUCCAGCUGCUGCCUCGGCUGUACCAUCACGACCACCCCCAGCUGUCCCGGGAGAUCCAGUGCUCCGUGGCCAGUCACAUCCAGGGCCUGGUGAAGUCGGAGAAGAACCGCCAGGUCGCGUGCGAGGCGGGGAUGCUCAGGACCCUCAUGGCCGCCUGCCGCCAGGCCCUGGCCACCGGCAGCGCUCUGAGCCUCAUCUCCAUGACCUCCCCACGCAACCUGCAGCCUCAGCGGGCCGCCCUGGCUCCGUCCUUCGUGGAAUUUGACAUGUCCGUGGAAGGUUAUGGGUGUUUGUUUAUCCCGACCCUGUCCACGGUGAUGGGAGCCAGCACUGAGUACUCGGUCUCCGGAGGGAUUGGGACAGGUGCUGCCAGGCCCUUCCCUCCGCCCUCCGGCCUGACCUUCUCCUGCUGGUUCCUGGUCAGCAGGCACAGCUCGGCCCUCGAGGGCCACCCGCUGCGCUUCCUGACCCUGGUGCGCCACCUGGCCCGGACCGAGCAGCCCUUCGUCUGCUUCUCCGUCAGCCUCUGCGCGGACGAUCUCUCCUUGGUUGUGUCCACAGAAGAGAAAGAGUUUCAGCCUCUGGAUGUCAUGGAACCCGAGGACAACGCUGAGCCCUCUGCCGGACGCCAGCUUCAGGUCUGGUGUGGCCAGCUGCUGGCUUGUGGGCAGUGGCAUCACCUGGCUGUAGUUGUCACCAAGGAAAUGAAAAGGAAUUGCACCGUUUCCACCUACCUGGAUGGACAGGCCAUUGGCUCAGCCAAGAUGUUAUACAUUCAGGCCUUGCCAGGACCUUUCCUUUCGAUGGAGCCAUCAUCGUUUGUGGAUGUUUACGGCUAUAUCGCUACCCCUCGGGUUUGGAAACAAAGGUCGACAUUAACAUGGCGUCUGGGCCCCACAUACCUCUUUGAAGAAGCCGUCUCAAUGGAAACUCUGGAAGUUAUUAACAAACUCGGCCCGAGAUACUGCGGAAACUUCCAAGCUGUGCCUGCCCAAGGAGCAGACCCUGGUGCAGACACAGCGCCCCUGGUGGCCGAGGAGAGGGUGUCCAUGGGCCUCCACGUGGCCAGCUCGUCCACCACCAGAGUCUCGGACAUCAGAAGCACGUACAACGAGGUGGACAGCCGCCUGAUUGCCAAGGAGAUGAACAUUUCAUCCCGCGACAACGCCAUGCCCGUGUUCUUGCUGAGAAACUGUGCUGGCCACCUCCCAGGCCCUCUUCGGACCAUCGGAGCCGUGGCUGUGGGCCACCUGGGGGUACGGGUGUUCCACUCCAGCCCCGCUGCCAGCAGCCUGGACUUCAUUGGCGGGCCUGCCAUCCUCCUGGGCCUCAUUUCCUUAGCAACAGAUGACCACACCAUGUACGCAGCUGUGAAAGUUCUGCACUUGGUCCUGACCAGCAAUGUCAUGUGUGACCGCCUGAUGCAGCACAUCUUUGGGUACCAGGUGAUGGCGUUUCUCCUGAGGAAAAAGAGCUCCCUGCUCACCCACCGCGUCCUGCAGCUCAUCCUGGCCGUCGCGGGCACUGCCGAGCUGGGCUUCGGGCCCUCAGCCCGCACCAAUGUGGGGGUCUUCCAGCACAUCCUCUGCGACUUUGAGCUCUGGAUGAGAGCCGCGGACAACGUGGAGCAAUCCCUCUUCUCCCACCUCCUGGAAAUCCUCCGGUCGCCAAGGGAAGGCCCCCGGAGCGCUGGCGUGGCCCACCAGGCACAGCUGAUACCCAGGCUCGUCUUCCUCUUCAAUGAGCCGGGCCUCGCCCCCUCCAGGAUCCCCACCAUCAUCGCCAUCCUGGGCUGGCAGCUGAGGGGCCACUUCAGUGUCCAGGACUUGCUCAGGAUCGCGCUGUUCGUGGUGUACACCCUCCAGCCCGCCUCGGUGGAUGAGCGGCAGAUCUUCGCGGACAGGGCCCUGGAGCCCUCGGGGCCUGCUGGAAGCCAAACAUCUGGAAAGACAAUCUGGCUCAGAAACCAGCUGCUGGAGAUGCUGCUCGGUGUAGUGUCUUCCUCCCAACUUCAUCUGUCCUCUGAGACAAUGGAGGAGGUGUUCCUGAGCCUGGGGCCCGGCUGGUUUCUGCUGCUCCUGCAGGGCCACCUGCACCCCAGCACCACUGUGCUGGGCCUGAAGCUGCUGCUGCACUUUCUGUCGAGCCCCGCCCUGCGCGAGCGCUUUAAGGACGGCUUGCCUGCGGGAUCCUGGGUGGAACGUUGCGCAGAAGGCGCGGACAUCCUGAUGGAUAACCUGAAGAGCCACCCUCCUGCGCCCGACCAGGGCCCCUGCCUGCUUCCUGGAUUCCGGGUCUUGAAUGACUUUCUGGCCCACCACGUUCACAUUCCGGAAGUCUACCUCAUCGUGUCCGCCUUCUUCCUCCAGACGCCACUCACAGAGCUGACGGGUGGACCCAAAGACAGCCUGGACGCCACGCUGCAGGGGCUCCUGCGGGCGCACCGCGCAGAGGAAGUCCUCCGGGCCGGGCUGUGCAUGGAGGGGGCCCUGCUGCUCCUGAGGAUGCUGAAGGCCACCAUGAGCCGGCCCCCGACAGGCCUUGGAGACGGCACCGGGGAGCACCAGUUCCCGGCCAGCGUGCUGCAGUUCCUGGGCCAGGUGCACAGCGCCUACCCCCAGGACCCCGCCUGGCGGGCCCCGGAGUUCCUCCAGACCUUGGCCGUCGUCACCUUCCCACUGGGAACAAACAAGGGGGUCACCACUGAGUUCGCCCAGAAUGCCAGCAGCCCUGGGGCCGAGGCUGAAGGUGAGGGCAUCGUGGAGGGUCUACAGGCUCCUGCCAAGUCCCACCCCACACGGAAACAGCUGAGGGUGUUCAUGCAGCUCCUCUUGAGGGAUCUCCUGCUUGCAGCUCCCAGCCCCAAGCAGUGGCUGCCGCUGGAGGUGCUGCUGGAGGCUUCUCCAGACAAUGCCACCAGCCAACAGAAGCGAGACUUCCAGUCUGAGGUCCUGCUCUCCACCAUGGAAAUAUUUCACAUGAUGAGAGGAGGUGACGUGUCGAUGCUCAGAGGCGAUAAGGAGCCUCAGCCAAACUCAGAAGCUGCUGCUGCUCCUUCACUCACGAUCAUCACCCACUUCACCCAGAAGCUGGUAGAGAAGCUGUACAGUGGAAUGUUCUCAGCAGACCCCAGGCACAUCCUGCUCUUCAUCACGGAACACAUCAUGGUGGUCAUUGAGAAUGCCUCCUCACAAAGGGACAGCACCAUCAGCACUUUAUACAGCAGCCUGAAUAAAGUCAUCCUGUACUGCCUUUCCCAGCCCCAGCAGUCCCUCUCCGAGGGCCUGGGCCUGCUCCGCGUCCUGCACUUCCUGCAGGAGCACUGGGACAUCAUCUUUGCCACCUACAACUCCAACUCCAGCUUCCUGCUGUGCCUCAUGCACUGUCUGCUCCAGCUCAGCGAGGGGAGUUAUCCUGAAGGAUUUGGAUUGGAACCCAAGCCUAGAAUGACUCCUUACCAUCAAGUGUUUCUUUCUCCAAAUGAAGACAUGAGAGAGAAGAGAGUGGAUGACUCCCCAAGUUUGACUGAUGUCCAGCACAGCAUCCAGAGGACCGUGCACGCUCUCUGGCAGCAGCUCAUGGCGCAGAGAUGGCAGGAGCUGGAGGACACCUUCAAGAUCGAUCUCUCCGUCAAACCCGGGGAGAGAGAAGUGAAGAUGGACGAGGUCACCCCGCUCUGGGAGGAGACGAUGCUCAAAGCCUGGCAGCAUUAUCUAGCAUCUGAGAAGAAAUCUCUGGCCAGUCGCUCAAAUGUCGGACAUCACAGCAAAGUCACUUCGUGGAGUGAAAGCUUGUCCUCGGCCAUGAGGCUGAUCCCGGGGCGGCAGGCCAAGGACCCCGAGUGCAAGACAGAGGAUUUUGUGUCGUGUAUCGAAAACUACAGAAGAAAAGGACAAGAGCUCUAUGCAUCUUUAUACAAAGAUCACGUGCAGAGGCGGAGGUGCGGAGACGUCAAGGCCGCCAGAGCCUGGGCCCGGAUCCGGGAGCAGCUUUUCGGGGAGCUGGGCUUGUGGGGCCCGGCAGCAGAAGUCACACCCUGUCACCGGUGGGAGCUGGACUGGAGAGAAGGGCCUGCGCGCAUGAGGAAGCGCCUCCGACGCUCGUCUCCCAGCGAGGCCCAGCGUGCAGAAGGGCCCCAGGAAAGCCAGGACAGAAAUGGUGAUAUUUCUCAAACAAAUGCUGAAAACGGAGGGGAGCUGACCCCCAGGGAGGCCGAGGGCGAGAGCGACGAGGUGGCAGCAGACUGCACCCGGCUGACCUUCUUCCCGUCCCUGCACGAAAGUCAGCACUCCGAGGAUUUCCUCGAACUGUGUCGGGAAAGACAAGUCAUUUUACAAGAGCUUCUUGACCAUGAGAAGGUGACACAGAAGUACUCCAUGGUGCUCGUGCAGGGCCACCUGGUCUCCGAGGCGCUCCUGCUCUUUGGCCACCAGCACUUCUACAUCUGCGAGAACUUCACACUCUCCCCCGUGGGUGACGUCUACUGCACCCGCCACUGCUUAUCCAACAUCAGUGAUCCAUUCAUUUUCAACCUGUGCAGCAAAGACAGGUCCUCCGACCAUUACUCCUGCCGGCGCCACAGCUACGGGGACCUCCGGGAGCUGCGGCAGGCGCGCUUCCUCCUGCAGGACAUUGCCCUGGAGAUCUUUUUCCGAAAUGGAUGCUCCAAGUUUUUUGUCUUCCACAACAGCGAUCGGAGUAAGGUCUUCAAAAGCUUCUGCUCCUUCCAACCCAGCUUGAAGGGGAAAGGCGCCCCAGAGGAACCCCUCCACCUCAGGAGGUACCCCGGCUCCGACAGGACCAUGCUGCAGAGGUGGCAGAAAAGGGACAUCAGCAAUUUCGAGUAUCUCAUGCACCUCAACACGCUGGCUGGGAGGACCCACAACGACUACAUGCAGUACCCUGUGUUCCCCUGGGUGCUGGCUGACUACACCUCACAGACAUUGAACUUGACAAACCCCAAGACAUUUCGGGACCUUUCAAAGCCCAUGGGUGCUCAGACGAAGGAAAGAAGGCUGAAGUUCAUCCAGAGGUUUAAAGAAGUGGAGAAGACGGAAGGAGACAUGACCGUCCAGUGCCACUACUGUACUCACUACUCCUCGGCCAUCAUCGUUGCCUCCUACCUGGUCCGGAUGCCGCCCUUUACCCAGGCCUUCUGCUCUCUGCAGGGCGGGAGCUUUGAUGUGGCAGACAGAAUGUUCCACAGCGUGAAGGGCGCAUGGGAGUCGGCCUCCAGAGAGAACAUGAGUGACGUGCGGGAGCUGACCCCGGAGUUCUUCUUCCUGCCCGAGUUCCUCACCAACUGCAACGCCGUGGAGUUCGGCUGCAUGCAGGACGGGACGGCACUGGGGGACGUGCAGCUCCCUCCCUGGGCGGAUGGGGACCCUGGAAAAUUCAUCAGUCUGCACAGACAGGCUUUGGAAAGUGACUUCGUCAGUGCCAACCUCCACCACUGGAUAGACCUCAUUUUUGGGUACAAGCAGCAGGGGUCGGCCGCAGUGGAGGCGGUGAACACCUUCCACCCCUACUUCUAUGGAGACAAAGUGGACCUCGGCAGCAUUGGGGACCCCCUGAUCAGGAACACCAUCCUGGGGUUUGUCAGCAACUUUGGACAGGUGCCCAAACAGCUCUUCACCAAACCCCACCCGGCCCGGACGGCGGCAGGGAAGCCCUCACCUGGAAAGGAUGUCACCACACCUUCGAGCCUGCCGGGCCACCCACAGCCCUUUCCCUGCAGCCUGCAGGCCCUGCGGCCCUCCCAGGUCACCGUCAAAGAUAUGUACCUUUUCUCUCUAGGCUCAGAGUCCCCCAAAGGCGCCAUCGGCCACAUCGUCCCCACCGAGAAGAGCGUCCUGGCCGUGGAGAGGGGCAAGCUGCUGCUGCCGCCCGCCUGGAGCAGGACCUUCUGCUGGGGAGCCGACGACCUCAGCUGCUGCCUGGGCAGCUACGGCUCCGACAAGGUCCUGAUGACGUUCGAGAACCUGGCUGCCUGGGGCCGCUGUCUGUGUGCCGUGUGCCCGUCCCCCACAACAAUCGUCACCUCUGGGGACAGCACUGUGGUCUGCGUAUGGGAGCUCAGUAUGGCCAAAGGCCGCCCCAGCGGCCUGCACCUCAAGCAGGCCUUGUACGGACACACCCAGGCUGUCACCUGCCUGGCAGCAUCAGCCACCUUCAGCAUCCUGGUGAGCGGCUCCCAGGACUGCACCUGCAUCCUGUGGGACCUGGACUACCUCACCCACGUGGCCCGCCUGCCCGCCCACCAGGAGGCCAUAUCUGCCGUGGCCAUCAGCGACAUCUCGGGCACCGUUGUCUCCUGUGCUGGAGCCCAUCUGUCCCUAUGGAAUGUCAAUGGACAGCCCCUGGCCAGCAUCACCACAGCCUGGGGCCCAGAAGGAGCCAUAACCUGCUGCUGCACGGUGGAGGGGCCAGCAUGGGACGCAAGCCACGCCAUCAUCACUGGAAGUCGAGACGGCAUGGUCCGGAUUUGGAAGACUGAGGACGUGAAGGGGUCUGUUCCUGGGCAGGUGGCACCGGAGGAGCCCUCGGCUCCGCCCACCAGCCCGAAAGGUCACAGGUGCGAGAAGAAUCUUGCCCUGUGCAGAGAGCUGGACAUCAGUGUUGCUUUGACAGGGAAGCCCAGCAAGACCAGCCCUGCGGUGACGGCUCUGGCCAUGUCCAGAAACCAGCCCAAGCUCCUGGUAGGCGACGAGAAGGGGAGAAUAUUCUGCUGGUCGGCAGAGGGGUAGGAAGGAAGAGAUGGCGGCGGCCCUGGCGCAGCAGCCGUGGCAGCUGCAGGAAUGAAGCUGUGCCUGGACGCCUCCCCUCUCCUCGGCUCCCGGGACCUCGGCCUUGCCCUGCACCAUCGUGGGCUUUUACAGACGGGUAGGAGCUCGGGGCUCCUGUGAACAGCAUGCUGGCAGCCGGGACCCUGACACACCUGCUCACCAAUCACAUAGGAUCGCCUUUCAACGAGCUUGUUGCACUGAAAAAAAUGGGGUUGCUUACUGGAAACUAGUGGGAAAUACUGUAUUGUCUUUAUUUUAUUAAAAUGACUAUUUUCCGAG